GGAGGAGAGGGGUGAGAAAUUGAGUUUAAAAAAAGAAAAUAAAAUCGCAGUGCUGAGGUCAGAGCUCGGGUGUCCUGGUCUGGCCCCUCACUGUGAGAAGGACACAGGGGCUGGAGUGAGCCCAGAGAAGGGAAUGGAGCUGGGAAGAGUCUGGAAAACAUCUGAGGGAGCUGAGGAGGCUCAGGAGUGACCUUCUGGCUCUGCACAACUCCCUGGCUGGGGGGGCAGCCAGGGGGGGUCAGGUUCUGCUCCCAGGGGACAGCGGGACAAGAGGGAACAGCCUUGAGUUGCACCAGGGCGGGUUCAGCUUGGAUAUUGGGACAAUUUCUGCAUGGAGAGAAUGAUUAGACAUUGGCAGGGGCUGCCCAGGGAGUCCCCUUCCCUGGAGGUGUCCCAGGACAGGCUGGAGGUGGCACUGGGCUGGGGACAAGGUGGGGAUUGGGCACAGCUGGGACUCAGCGAUCCUGGAGGGCUUUUCCAACCUCAGGAAUUCCAUUUCAGUGUGGAGGAGCAGUGUCCAAAGGCGAUGGGGAAUCAGCUGGGUGUAGAACAUCAGCUCGGGGAGGUGGAGAACUUCCCUCACCCCCGUUCACCACCCAAAAAAUGACAUUUCUCCUGCCUGUGUGUGCUGGGCUGGCUUGUGGAGCUGGAAUAGCCACAGCUCCGUUGUGUUGGGAUUUUGGAAGUGCUGAGGGGGCCGAGAGUGGGGUUGGGGCUGCACAGGGUGUCCCACCAGGUCUGUCAGUAAUGUUCUUAAAUCACCUGGAGGGCUCUGCUGUUGCUCCAACCCCUCUUCCUCACGGGCUGUGUUCCACCUCCAUGGUUCCCUCUCAGUUGUCUGCGAGGGCCAUUCCCAAACUUCUCCCCCUCAGCCACUUUUGGGGUGAAAUGUGGCACCUCAGCCCUGCAGAGCCACCCAGUCUGGAACUGGGACCUGGAACUCCUGGGCAGGCAGGGAGAGACUGGAGCUGCUGGGAAAUUGGGGUCAGUAGCUGAAGCUCCCCCUUGGUGGCCCAUCCAGACCUUUCCUUGCCAGGCAGGGACGAGCUGUGGUUGUGCCAGUGGCUUUUGUCACUCGUCACCUGGCUUCAGCACAUUCCCAAGUGGAUUUUGCCCAUUCCACCGUGGCCUUGAGCCCUGGUGCCAUGAGCAAGCAGUGGAUUAGGGAUGCUUGGAACUUCUUUUGAGUCACCCACCUUACGAAGACUCAAGAAGUUCCCAAAACCCCAAAUCCAGACUUCGGAACGCCCCGUUUCCCAUUGGCAAUUCCUAAGCUGUUCAUCCCUUCGGAAAGGGAACGGGGGUGAUGCUUUAAGAACUCAAUCUCUGGAUGUGGCUGGAGCAUCCAGGCCCUGAAUCCAUUCCUGGGGGGCUCGGGACGCCCCCUUUGCCCCCGCUGUCCUCGGCCACCGCGGCCGUGGGACACAAAGGCCGUGUUGUGUGCGGGGUGGCCGAGUUGGAGCGGGCUCCAGGCCUCCCUCGGCAGUCUCAUGACCCUGCAGCCAUUCCCACACUGUCGGGAUGAUUGUCCCGGCCCCCGGGCUGGGGGGGGUCACCUUGCCGGGGUGCUCUGGCUGCUCGCCGUGGUCCCCAGAGCCGGGGGGUGUGGGGGACACACGCAGGACCCCUGCCCGGAGCUUCCAAACGCUGCAUGCAGCUCCAAUUCACUGGUUUUGGGAGAAAAAAAAAACUUGUAAAGCAUCUCUCGUAGAGAGGAAGGAGAGGGGGAAGCUGCAGUGCUGGUUUUGGGGCUGGCAGGGAUGUGGGAUCUGCUUUCCUGGGUUUGGUGGCCCCAGUCAGGUUUUGGGGAGCCCUGGAGCUGUCCCGGUGGGAAUGGGACACGCGGUGCUGAGGCAGCAAAGCCUCCCUGGAAUCCCAGCUCAGGAUUCCCUGGGAUCCCCUGGGGAUGCUGGCACGGGGUGACCUUGCCCAAGGUCACACCUGGAGCUGGGGCUGAGGACAGAGCAGUGCCACCGAGCAGCCCUUUCCUCCUGAUGUAAAAAACCCACGAAAUGAGGGUUUAAAGGUCAAAGCUUGGAGCUCAGGAGGUGGCUCUGGAGUUGAUCCCGGGUGUCUCAGGAAGCCACCUGGCUUCCCAAAGCUUGGUCUUGGUGGCAGGACUGGUGCCUGCCCUGCACAAGCAGCCCCCCUGAGUCCUCCCCCCUCCUCAGCCCCAUCCCGUUCCUGCCGGGAGCCGAACGCUGGUGUCCUCCUGCUCUUGAUGAUCCUGGGAUUUGCUCCAGAUCCCUUUUCCACAGCCUCAGACCUGCCUUCUCCUGCCUUUUCUCUGUAUAAAACAGGGAGGUGCCAAAGUUAAACUUAUUUUCUGGGCUUAACAAAACUUUUCAAAAAUAAGUAAAUAUGGAAAACUACUGAGGAGGCCGGGGGUGGGUGGGGGAAGUCGGAGUUGUGCAACCUGGGCUCCUGCUCCGUGCUGGGACCCGGGGCUGGGAGUUGCUUCCUGAAUAAUUAUUGCUGUUCUGGAUCCAUCCUGACUCAUCCGUCCCCCCAUGGCGUGGGACAGCCCACGUCCUGCCGUGCCUCAGUUUCCCCAUCUGGAAAUCAGGAACUUGGGUACUCCAGCCUUGUGCCAGGGUGAUUUUUGGACUGGUUUGUGUGUGGAUUUCUUGGCUCCUGCUGGUCCCAGGGCUUGGGAUGGGGGGAAUUACAUUGAUUUUCCAGCAAAGGCAUUGCUGCUUCAAGGAGCAUGUGGAUUUGCUGCGUGAGAUGGACAGGAGGGAAAUGUUAUUCCUAAUUUUUGGGAUCAGAAGACUGGGAUUGUGGGAGAAUUAGGGGCUGCUCAGGCUCGCAGUCGGGCCCCAGUGCCCAUUUCCCAGCAAAGGCUGGGUUUUUCCAGCCUUUGGAGUCAAGUGGAUGUGUCAGGAGUGACUUUAUUUAUUUAUCUUGUCCCAAACAAACCCUUGGCAUUGGGAAGAGCUGCUGCUUCUGCUGGAACCUGUCCAGGAUCUGGGUUUGGUGCUGGCACUUGGUGAUCCCAGUGUCCUUUCCUGCUCCCAGGAAGGAGCAGGAGCUGCCUCAGCUUCCAGGGAUCAGCUCUGCUCUGUCAAACACCUGCAGCAGCAGCUUGGGGAGGCUGGGGCUCCCCUCUCCCUGCCCUUCCCAGAGGAUAUUCCCUGCCCACAUCUCUCCAGGUGUGCUGGCACCCAGGGAUGAGGGAUGGGAAUGGUGCUGCCGGGGAUGACAUCAUUGUGUUGGCUGCUCUCGGCGAGCUGGGGACCUUCCCAGCAGGAAUGGGAAUGGGAGAUGCUCCCAGAGGUGGACUGGGAUGCGCUGGGGAGGCUGAGGCUGCCCCAGCCCCACGCUGGGCACAGCUGUGCCCGCUCCAGGUGCUGCCUGGCUGGCUGAUGCCAGCUCCCUGCCAAGGCUUGCUGCUCUGGCCCGGAUCCGCGCUAAUUCAGCUGUUCUCACUCGAGAGCACCUGGGCUCUGUUCCUCCUCCUCCUCCUCCUCCCCAGCCUUUAGCGUGGAAGAUGGCGGGUGGCGUGGACGGCCCCAUAGGGAUCCCGUUCCCAGAUCACAGCAGCGACAUCCUCAGCAGCCUGAAUGAGCAGAGGAACAACGGGCUGCUGUGCGACGUGGUCAUCCUGGUGGAAGGCCAGGAGUUCCCCACCCACCGCUCCGUCCUGGCAGCGUGCAGCCAGUACUUCAAGAAGCUCUUCACCUCAGGGUUAGUGGUGGACCAGCAGAACGUGUAUGAGAUAGACUUUGUGAGUGCGGACGCCCUGUCGGCGCUGCUGGAGUUCGCCUACACCGCGACCCUCACCGUCAGCACUUCCAACGUCAACGACAUCCUCAACGCCGCCACGCUGCUGGAGAUCCCGGCCGUCAGGGAUGUCUGCACGGAUCUCCUGGAGAGGAAGAUUCUGGCCAAAAAUGACCAGAUGGAUACAGUAGAUCAAAUUGAUCAGAGGAACCAUCUCAGAGCAAAAGAGUACCUGGAGUUCUUCCAGAGCAACCCCGUGAACGGCCACCAAGGCAGCUUUCCGUGGACCAACCCAGAGUUGAGAGACCUUCAGAGACUGAACUUCCGAGGCCAAGAGGAGGAGGAGGAGUCGAACUGCAAUGGCCUGGACUUCUACUCGCAAGCCACCCCAACCGAAAGACCAAAGGCAAGUGACUGUGACCCCGACAGCAACCCGGCCAUGUGGCUGGACCGCGAGGACGAGGAGCCGGUCAGCGGCGGGAUGUUCUCCCCUUCCCAGAACGGACAUUACAGCAGCCGUGGCUUGGCCACCCCGGGAGAAGAGGAGGGGGGCACCCCCAGGGGCCCUCUGGACCCGCAGGAAGCCGGGGACUCGCCCAGCUUCAUCCCCACGGGCACGGAGACGGAGGACGAUGCCAGGGAGGUGGAUGACCUGGCCGCCAGCGCCCUGCUCCAGCAGAUGAUCAACUCGGUGGGGCGGCAGCAGCUCGGCGACGACGACCGCAAGGACGAGGACGGGGUCAUGGAUUAUUACUUGAAAUAUUUUGGCAGUUCCAGCGAGGGCGACGUGUACCCGUCCUGGUCCCAGAAGGUGGAGAAGAAGAUCAGGGCGAAAGCAUUCCAGAAGUGCCCCAUCUGUGAGAAGGUGAUCCAGGGCGCCGGGAAGCUGCCGCGCCACAUCCGCACCCACACCGGGGAGAAGCCCUACGAGUGCAACAUCUGCAACGUCCGAUUCACCAGGCAGGACAAGCUGAAGGUGCACAUGCGGAAGCACACGGGCGAGAAGCCCUACCUGUGCCAGCAGUGCGGGGCCGCCUUCGCCCACAACUACGACUUGAAGAACCACAUGCGGGUGCACACGGGGCUGCGGCCGUACCAGUGCGACAGCUGCUGCAAGACUUUCGUCCGCUCCGACCACCUGCACAGGCACCUUAAAAAAGAUGGAUGCAACGGGAUCCCGUCGCGGAGGGGCCGCAAGCCCAGGGUCAGGGAGGCCGGGGCCAUGCCCCCCACGCCCACGGGCAGCGCCGAGGACGGGAGCUGCGCCGCCGAGCCCGAGGACACGGAGCAGCAGCAGCAGCAGCAGCAGCAGGAGGAGCAGCACUUUGAGGAGAAUUCCAAUAACGAAGCGCCGGGAUUGAAUGUAGCAGGAGGGUCGGAUGAGGGUAACGCGCAAGGACUCUCCUAAACCAAAAAAACAUAACAGCAAACCAACCCUGACCGAUGAAACGAAACAACCACCUGAAAAACAAAGUCACAAAAUCUAGUUAGUACUUUUCCUCCGAUUUUUCUCUUUAAAAGAUGUUUCUCUCCCUUUUUUUUAAGGAAAAAACAAACAACAACAACAAAAAAAA